AUGGAGGAAAUUUCAAUAUUUCCAAUUGUUAUAAUAUCUAUGUUCUUGUUGUGGUCCAUUACGACGAAAUGGUUGUUCGCGAAGAAAAAGAACUUUCCUCCGUCGCCAAGAAAGCUGCCAAUAAUCGGAAAUAUCCAUCAAAUAGUAGUAGGGUCGUCAUUCCCUCAUAGGAAUUUCGAAAAGCUUUCGAAGAAACAUGGGCCAAUCAUGCUUCUUCACUUCGGCAGUGUGCCGGUACUUAUUGUUUCUUCGGCAGACGGUGCCCGAGAGAUCAUGAAAACUCAUGACCUGAACUUUGCUAAUAGGCCAUUCAUGAGUGCCUUUAACAAACUCUUCUACGACGGUAAAGAUGUCUCGUUGGCACCCUACGGCGAACUGUGGAGGCAGAUGAAGAGCAUUCUUUCUGUCCAUCUCCUCAAUAACAAAAGGGUUCAAUCUUUCCGUUCCAUCAGAAAAGACGAAACUGCCCUUGUCGUGAAAAAUAUCUGCAGGGAAAUAUCUUCUUCCGACAAAGCCGUGAUUGACUUGAGUAAGAUGUUUAUUGAGUUGACUAACAAUGUGAUUUGCAGGUCAUCUUUUGGAGUGAAGUGCAGUGAGUGGGAAAAGGGGAAGAGAUUCAUGGUGUUGUUGUCGGAUUUAUCGGAGCUCACAGGAAUCGUCAAUAUCGGUGAUUUCAUUCCAUCUCUUGGUUGGAUUAGUCGUGUUAAUGGCUUCCAUAAGAAAGUGGAGAGAGUCGCCAAGGAAGUUGAUGAUUUCCUAGAGGAUGUGAUUCAACAACACAUGGAAACUCCACAAAAUAGCUUCGUCGAUAAUCUGAUUGAGAUUGUCAGUGAUAAAACUAGUGCGGAUGCCUCACUCAUCGACAGAGAUUGCAUCAAAGCAUUAAUUCUGGACGUAUUUGCAGGCGGUACUGAUACCGUAUCCACAUUUCUCGAAUGGCUGAUGUCAGAGAUCUUAAGAAACCCUAAUGUGAUGAAAAAAUUGCAAAAGGAAGUAAGAGAUAUCAUGGAAGACAAAAAGGAUAUAACGGAUGAUGACUUGGAGAAAAUGGAUUAUAUGAAAGCAGUGAUCAAAGAAGCUUUUCGUUGUCAUCCACCAGGCCCAAUAUUAGUACCCAGGGUAGCUUUGGCCGAUGUGAAAAUAAAAGGGUACGAUGUUUUACGAGGAACAUGGGUGUUUGUUAAUGUUUGGGCAAUAGGGAGAGAUCCUGAUUGUUGGGACGAACCAGAAAAGUUUGAGCCAGAAAGAUUCUUGAACAAGUCAAGCGUUAUUGAUUUUAAGGGCCUCGAUUUUGAGCUUAUCCCGUUUGGGGCCGGGAGAAGGGGUUGCCCUGGGAUUGCAUUUUCUACCGCUACUAUUGAGUUUGUGUUAGCAAAUCUCAUGCAUAAAUUUAACUGGGAAUUGCCUGAUGGGUUACACGGGAAAGAUUUGGACAUGACUGAAAGCCCCGGUGCUACGGUACAUAGACUUGUGCCUCUUCUUGCGGUUGCCACUCACAAGUAAAUAACUUUGGGAAUAAUGUCUUGUGGGAAAGUUU